AGAUAGGAGUGUCCUGUCUUGACCGAUGGCACAUUUCUUGCCUUAAGGCCGUGGAAGCAUCCAUCUCUUAGCCUACUUUGUAUUCCUCAGACAGUGAGGAGUAACCUAUCUUGACCCAAGGCAUAGUUCUUGCCUGACGGCCUCUCUUACUGGUAACUUCUGUUUUCUCAGCUACUGAGGAGGUGACUGCUGCCAUACCACUGACCAACAGCCAAUCCUAGGUCAGAGGGUCUGUGAGCCUGGUGGUCAGGGCCCUGCGGGGCCACCCCCUUGAGUCUCCCUGUAGAGGGAGGUUCUCGUGGAGGUGCAGAUUUUGUCGUCAACUCCUGAAGACUUUUGCAGAGUUGAGCGAUGACCUUUGUGGACAGAGCUGACUCUUCAGACUCGUCGGACCAUUGGAAUCAGCGCGGCCAUUCUGCAGCAGCCAGCACUGCAGACCUGGGUGCAGGCUCUGCUGACCAGAGCGCUGAGUCUUCAUCACUGAGUGAUGUUUCCAUUCACACACUUUCUUUAGGACCGGUACUGGGUGCUGUUUAUUCAGAGUCCACUGUUGCUGGUGAUGGCAUUCCUCCACCACAGAAAAUUCUUUUUCCGCCAGAGAAGAUUUGUCUUAAGUGGCAGCAAAGUCACAGAGUUGGCGCUGGGCUUCAGAAUCUGGGUAACACCUGUUUUGUCAAUGCGGCCCUGCAGUGUUUGACGUACACGCCACCUCUCGCCAAUUACAUGUUAUCACGUGAACACACCAAGACAUGCCAUGCAGGAGGAUUUUGUGUGAUGUGUAUAAUGCAGGCACAUAUUAUCCAGGCACUCAGUCAUCCUGGGGAUGCUAUUAAGCCCAUCGCUGUGAUCAGUGAACUGCAGGGUAUAGCUAGUCACUUCCGGUUUGGAAACCAAGAAGAUGCUCACGAAUUUCUUCAGUACACUCUUGAUGCUAUGCAGGAAGCGUGCUUACAGGGCAGCUAUGAAUUAGAUAGACACACUCAGGCCACCACCCUCAUUUAUCAGAUAUUUGGAGGCUAUCUAAGAUCAAGAGUGAAAUGUUUAAAUUGCAGAGGCGUUUCAGACACUUUUGAUCUGUAUCUUGAUGUUACAUUGGAGAUACAGGAUGUUCGCAGUGUUAACGAGGCAUUGGCUCAGUUUGUGAAGCCAGAACAGCUAGAAGGAGAGAACUGCUACAAGUGUAGCAAGUGUAACAGUAUGGUUCCAGCUUCAAAGAGCCUUUCUAUACACAGACCAUCUAAUGUUCUCACACUGUCUCUGAAACGCUUCUCUAAUUGUACCGGUAGUAAAAUUGCCAAGAUUGUGAAAUACCCAGAACAUCUCAAUAUUAGAGCAUACAUGUCUCAGCCUAGUGGAGAAGCCAUGCAAUAUUCUUUGUAUGCAGUGCUGGUCCACACCGGAUCUAAGUGCUGUGUGGGCCACUACUUCUCCUACGUAAAAGCAAGCAAUGGUCUGUGGUACCAGAUGAAUGAUUUCAUGGUAUCACCCAGUGAUAUUUCAUCUGUGCUGAGUCAGCAAGCCUAUAUACUCUUUUAUAUCAGGACCUAUGAUGUGAAGCACGGAGGUGAGGUUACUGCUCAUUUCCCCUGCCACCCCUGUCAGUUCUCUUCACACCCGGACACCCAUCAGUGUACCUCGACCAAAGAGCAGGCUGCACCAGGGUUUAAUGGACCACAGCUGCCAUCUCACAUGACACGGAAUCUGCCUUACUGGAACAGGAUCAGGGCACCAAUAGACACAUCAAGUAGUUCCACGUGGAGUCCUGGUGGAAAUCCCAAGGUGAACAGGCCUAGGCCUGUUCAAGCUUCUACUUCUGUUCCAAACCGUGUUCCUGGAAUGGAGCAAAGUCUGUUUGGGGACCUGACUGCAGAACUUGAGGCUGUCAGUGUUUCUGCUGGUUCCCAUGAUGAAGUGGACCCGAUUGCAAGUCUGUGUGAAAUGUUUAAGAAACUUUUGCUGACCCCGGAAAUCAGCCUCAAAUCCAUGAGAGAUGUGAUGUCAGAAACCAGCUCAGCCAUAACUGAUGUGUCUUUGCCCUUUGUAAAGAAACUUUGCAACAAGAACCAGACAAGCACGGGUGCAGACCCACUUUAUGAGCCCUGUGAUGCUGGGAAGGUAACACAGGACUGCAGCAAGGUGAACGGGUUACCUGAGAGCCUGCAGCACUCUGGACUAGCCGGGACAGUGGAGCAGCUGAGCCCGGCUCCCUUCACACAGUCAGAAGGCAGAUGUGAGCCCGGGCCCUUGGUUUCCCUCAGGGGAGAUCAGUGUGGUGACACAGGGGCUGAGACCCAGAAUAUAGGAGAAUGUGCCAAUGCACUGCCUUCUACUCAGCCACAGAGUACCCCAGGCACCCAUCCUGAAGGGGACCCUGCGCACAGCCAUGCCAAGGGGUGCAGUGAAGUUCAGGUUGUGCAGAAGGUUCCUGACCACCGUACACAAAAAAUAAGCAGCCGUACGCGAUGUGACCAUGAAGGUUACCAUUACCGUCACGACUGUUCCUCCACUGGGGAAGAUGUAAAGAAAAGCAGGGGUAGAAGCCAGAGCCGGAGGCGGAGCGGGAGCCGGAGCCGGAGCAGGAGCCGGAGCCAGAGCCGGAGCAGGAGCAGGAGCAGGAGCAGAACUGAGGGUAACUGUGACAGAAAGUGGCUCUGCUACGCGAGAAAGCACAACAAGCUGGAGUGCCAUGCUGUGCAGCACUGCAGUGCCAACCAGGACCCUCUGUGUUGUGGAGACAGAGUCAGUCCCGGGAAGCCCUGUGUUCUGAGCAGAUACAGCUCCCACCACUCCCAAACCUGGAGUGGGGCUCAGCAGGACUGGAGCCCAGACUGCUCCUCUGGCAGGGAGCAUCGCAGGCUUCCAGAGAAGUCUUACCCCAAGAAAAUGUGGUGGGACCAGUGCAGAUACCUCAACAGGUACACUCCAUACGAAGCCAGGGAGCGCAGUGUGAAACGGUCACACAAGGAUUCUUCCCAGGCCAGGAAGGGCCAGGAGCUGCCUGCCCUGCUGUGUGAGUGGACCGGCUUCCACAGCCCACACACUGGUGCUUCACCGCCUUGCCCUCUGCACCCUGAGUGCUACCCUCAGGAGAAAGCUGCCUUCGGGGCUGACCACAGUGGUUGCAGCCUGUCGCACCGGAUUCGUGGACGUGAAACCAUGAGGUCACGCAAGCGCAGGUACCAGAGUGCAGAAAGUAUCUGUAACGGGGGUAGCACACCAAAGAAAGCCCGCAGGAGCCUACCGAGAGACCUGGAGGAGCCUAACAAAUCUAAAGCCAAACACCAUGAGUGGGAGCACAGGUGUCUGCUGGACACAGACCUCCCAGUAGUGCAGUCAGACACUCAGCCCUGCAGAUACCAAAAGAAGAGGCACUCGGAGAACUUUGGAACAGAACCAGGACUUCACUCACCCAAGACCACAAGCUGUGAGACUGUGGAUGAUGUCUGGAGACCUCAGGGUAGCUCCCUGCUUGCUGAUGGCCUGCCUGUGGAGGGCUUUGGACUUUUUCAAAUGGAAAAGAAACCCUUAAAGCUGGACAGCAGGACUGACCGGUACCAGUAUGGCCAGGGUGAUUGACAACUUGGUCUCGGAACAAAUAAUAAUCACUAGCUCAGGUAAGUGCUUCCCCUGGGCAUUUUCUUCUUCAUAGAAGCACUGGGAAGGGACAGAGAAGGCGUCACAUUUCUGAGGAAAGUCAAGGGUCAUGGAGUGGUGAGCUAUGGAACCAGCAGCAAUGAUGGGGACCUCUGAAUUCUAAGCAAGCACUGGAGGGUGGGACCUCUUCUCCCUGGCUAGGCAAGGGGAGGCACUGCUUCUUCCCACCUUCCUCCGCGGAAGAAACCCACAGGGAACCCCCAUCAGAAUCAGCCACCAUGAGAUAAGCAUCUGGGAUGAGAAGCCCUUGUCCCCUCCCCAGAAAGCAGAGUCCAUCACAAGAGCUCAGCACCUAUGCCCGGUGGGUGGUCAGGCCGAGGCUAGGUCAUACCCCUCACUUGACACUGCCAUCUUGUUGGGAUGAGGUCCAGGGGACUAGUGCAGAGCCUUCAUUUUAUGGAGGCUGAGUCUGAGUCUCUGGUGUUCUGUAGUCCUGGGAGGUGGGGACUCCUGUUCCAUGUUAUCCACUGGUGGAAGCAAAGAGAGAGGUGAACCAUUUAACUCCUGAAAGGAAACUGUCUUUAUGGUACUCAUAAACCAAUCAGCAAGGAUGAUUUUAAAUGAACUUGGAGGUGAACUAUCGAAAGACGAUCAGUGUGCAGUUAAUUAACACUCUUUACUUGUGUGUCCUCAAGGGAAAGCCUUUAAGUCUGAGGACUGAAAGUCUUCUGGAGUGAAAGAGGAUCUAAGGAUUGGGAAGGACUGGCCACAGCUGGGUUCCAGGCUAUGCAGGUGCAGUGUGGCCCAGCAGGUGGUGCUUCCCUGGCCAGGGAAGCUCCUCUGCAGCUGCCUGGCUUCCAUGGGUUCCUCUUCUGCCUUCAGAAAGGCAGCCAUGGCUUCAGUUGAAAAGAGCUUCCUGAAGAGCAAGGGGACCUGAGGACUGGGGGGGACAGAAAGGGGAACCUGGCUCCGGGGGGACCCUCCUUUUGACUAAUGCCUGUGCCUCCUGUCUUUCAGAUUCAACAUGUUCCACAGCAGUCAUCCCAACUCGGUUACAGUAUUAACAUAAAUUUGUUCAAAUCUGGGUGAUGCCUCCUUAGUAAAUGCUGUACAUAUUUUGCCAUGA